UGGGAGCUCUGGUGCAGCAAACACGAAAAAAAUUCAGAUAAAGAGGAGAUACAGCUUUGAAGCAUUUUUUCUCGCUUUGGGCUUUGUUUUUUAUGUUGCUGUUGUUUAGUUUAAACAAAUAAAUUGUAAAGGCGUUGUUCUGCCCGUUGUGUGCGUGUGCAAAAAGUGUUUUUUGUGUGUGAUAAAAUUGUGAGAGCAAAGUGUGAAAAGAGCAGAAAAGGGGCACACAGUACAGUGGCCAACAAAGAGAUCUCUAAAUGAAUGAAAAGUCUAGUUAAUUGCAUAGAAAAGCUCAGCGGAGCAGAUAAACAAUUGCAAAAGGUCUUAACAGAAUCAAAUUGUACACGAAAAAGCCAAAAAUAAAAACGUCUCGCGCGCAUUUUAACAUUUUCACUCGGUGAGAGAGAGAGCUAGUCAAGAAAGAGAGAGAGCGCGCGCUGAGGGAGUUGAGUUGCUGAAUAAGAAAAUACCCCAAAGGUAGCUGAAUACAGACAGAGAGGAGAGAGCGUGAGAGAGAGAGAGAGAGCAGAGUCAUAUUGUACGCUCUCUCAGCAGGGCAAGAAGCACACAAAUAAAAGAGCUCCCAAGUUUGUUGUUUUGUUUGUUUUAAGCAUACAAAAAAAACGAACAGAACACAAAAAUAAAAGCACAAAAGCCUACAAAAAAGCACACACGUGUGUGUGCCUGUGUGUGUGCAUUUAAAAUAAUUGCAAGUGAAACUCAUUAAAAGAGAAGCCCAACCGAAAGAGAGUAGACAAAAACAAAACAAAACCCAAUUAACCCGUUGUUUUGGCCCACGAAACAGGACGCGUGCGUGCUUGAGUGUGUGUGUGUAUACACCCCUCAGAUAAAAAGCAUCAAAAAAAAAUUCAAACAUAUCAUACGCGAAACGAAACACUUGAAAAAUUGCUCUACGCACCCGACACACCUUAUCGCAACGUAUCGUAUUAACGAUAAUGAAAACUGAAACCGGCAGCAAUAAUAUCAAUAAUAUCACUACUAGUAAUAAUAAUAAUAAUAAAAGCAAUAUGGAUUUCGAUAUGUAUCCAAGUAUUUCUGGCAAACAACAGGAUCCCGUACGGGAAGUCGUAAUGAAAUACAUCGACUAUUUUCUGCCAGAUGCAUCUGGAACAAGUGCAGUUGCGAUUGACAACAAAAUCGAACAGGCAAUGGAUCUGGUCAAAUCGCAUCUCAUGAUCGCCGUGCGCGAGGAGGUUGAGGUCCUAAAGGAACGCAUCUCCGAGCUAAUGGACAAGAUCAAUAAGUUGGAGCUGGAGAAUAACAUCCUCAAGUCGAACAUACCGCAGGAGACGCUGCAGCAGCUGCAAAUGCAGUUGCAGAUUGCCGGCACACAGCAACCGGCGGCAGUGGGCGCCCCACCGGCCACACCGGCCAUUCAGGCACCACCUGCAGUCGUUGCUGGCGCUGGUCAGGCAGCAGUGGUGGCAGCGGUGGGAGCAGCAGCUACCAGCCCCGCAACGGCAGCAGCACCCACAACCAUUCCCAAUGGCAGCGCUGAGAAUGGCGGCAGCGUCAUUGUCGAUGCAGUGGCAGCGGUGGAGCAGCAGGCAGCGGCGGCGGCAGCGGCAGCGGCGUCUGUGCAGACAGCGACGCCCGUGAACACAAACGGCCCCAUGUCCUAGGCUGUUGGUGUUUAGUCUUAGUUUUUCUCUCCUGGAACGUAACAUGGCCGUGGCGUACACAGACCCGGCCACUGGAAUGUGGGAAGAAUAACCGUAAUGUAAGCUCAACUUUGUCUCCUUGUCGAAUGCCUAGCGUCGCCGCAGCCUGCGGCAGCACACGGACCGAACAAGAGGGAGAGAGCGAAGCGAAGCGCAGAGCAGUGCAGGACAGCAACAAAUAACAGUAACAGCAAUAGCAACAGCAACAGCAACAACAGCAAACCCAUUUAACAGUUUGCAAAUGAAAAGUAUUAAUUAAGAGCGAAUGUUGUCUGGCCUGUCGGUUGCUGGCUGUUCCUGUAAACGCUGCGCAGCCGCUGUUUUGUUAAUUUUCUCGAUUGUGAUAUUUGUUUAACACACCACCACACAUACACACCAACACACACACCAUUUAAGCAAUUCAUACACAUACAGACACAACACACACACAUAGACUGCACGUUAACAGUGGUUGCGGCUGCGUGCUGUUAACGUUUGCUGUUAAGCUUAACAGAAGACGAUGAAGAAGAAGAAUUACAGCUAGUUUUUAAAAAAGAGGCGCUGCUGCGCGUAGACAUGAUUUUUUUGUCCACCAUUUUUGUUUGAUUAUCUUUUAUCCUUGUUUUACCGUUUGUUUCCAUGUUAUUAACGCUACCAAUAAAACGUGAAAAAAAAUCGCCCAAUAUAAAAAUACCAUACCCAUGUAGAAUGUAUACUAUGAUGUACAUGGCCCCAAAAUAAUACUUGCAGAAAGUAAAAUUUUAGCCAAAAAACCAGCAGCAAAAGUAAAACAAAACAAAACGCAAAUCAAUAAACUGUAAAAGAGAGUGCUUGGGAAAUGCAGAAAAGGAAUAGGAAGAUGAAGGAGUAGGAGGCGAUGAAUAAUGAAUGGAAAAUGUAAAGAAAAAUAUGUGAUAAUUUGCAUUGUGCAGUCAGAGACAUAAGAUGUAAAUUGUAAAAAAGUGCGAAGAAGAAACAAGAGAGGAGCGAGAAAGUAAAAAUUCAAAUUUCCAAACAAUAUUUAAAAAUGAUAAUACAAAAAGCCAGCUGCUAUUUUUAUAAUUUACAUUUAAAACCUUACUUUUAUUGUAAAAAAAAAAACAAACAAAACAAACCACUCAACAAAUAUUAACUUAAUCAUAAUUAUGCAUGUUUCAAAUUUAAAAAAACAAAAAACGAAUGCAAAAACACGUAGAAAAUUGUCGUAGUUUUAGAAUAUUUUCAAGAUAUAUUUUUAAAAACAAAAAAUUGUAAAACUAUUCGCAAAACCAAACAAACACGAAAGCUUAUCACAAUUGUUUGUUCAAAAACUCUUAAUCAAUCAACAAUCAAUAACUGUAAAUAUUGUGUAAAACCUAACUAAAAUUGAGAACAAAACGAAAGAGAAACAAAGCAAAACAAAAACUUCUAAAGUGCGAAAGAUAUUGAGGAUCUUGAGGAUAUUGAGAAAAAGCAAGGAAAACAAAAACCCGCAAAAACCAACAAAACAAAAAUGCAAAAAAGUUAAAUUUUAAUAAGAGAAGAAAGUGAAAAGGUCGUCCUAUUUUUGUUAUAAUUAUUUAGUUGAUAACUUUGCAUUAAUCUUCACUUCAAAAGAUGCCUCGAUGUUUAUACAAAAAUCUGUUAUAGGAUUUUAUUUUCCCAUUCGUUUGUCGUUUUCCCACCUCGCACUCGAAGGCCACAAGACUCCCCUACCACAAGAAGAUGAAAGAUGAAGAAUUUUUUGCUGCAGCACUAUAGAUAGAAGUGCCCAAGUGUUCCGUUCGUAUCCGCCCCGUAGAAGCCAAGUUUUGAUGUGCCAGAACGCACUCACUCAUUUGGGGCUCACAAGGCAUGGCAGAACAGCCUGCCCUAGCCCCAGCCACACCACACUCAAUGCAACCUGCGGAGACUCAAAUUGUCUAAGGUUUGCGUGGCAAGC